AUGUUUUGUAGACUCGAAGCUGAUUGUGGUGCACUUACCUAUUUUGAAGUACUUGACUUUCUACGAUCUAGAGGCGCUGGGAAGGAUCCCACACGGGUUCUUGCAUCUGUGGCACCAUCAGAGUUCAAGGUAUAUGAUUAUUUGGAGAAGAGUGUUGCUUGCAAUCAAACAAGAGAGAGUAUCUCUGAUUUCUUGGGAAAAUGCAAAAAGUACAACCUUGCUAAAUCUGAGAUUCUCAAUAUCAUCAACGUUAGGCCAUCCUCUGUGGUUGAAAUUGAUCCGAUUAUAGACGACUGUGACACACGGAUGGGAGACACCGUUGAAGAAUUGGUAGAGAUGGUGGUACAGGUGCUACCCCCUCCAACAAUCCAAAUGGAAUCCAUUGAGGUAAUUGGCCAAGACAAGGAAGAAAAUCCGGAGGAGCGACAAAUGGAUGCAAGUUGA